UUGAUUUUGUUAUCAUAAAAGAUUAAUUUAUUCAUUUUAAUCAAUUCGUCUCAUCAAAUUUUAUUUUUUUCAUCUAAUAAACGUUUUAUCCAUCAAAAUCUAAAAGCCCAUCAACAAAUUCAAAAAUGUUUAAAUGUAUACCCAUAUUUCGUGGCUGCAAUCGCCAAAUCGAAGUAAUCGAUAAACGCCAUAGUAGCUUGCCAAUUGUACCGGAAGAUAUAUUCCGUUAUGCACGAACAUUGGAAGAACUUCAGCUUGAUGCCAAUCAUAUUCGUACAUUGCCUAAGGGCAUGUUUCGGCUGGUAAAGCUACGAAAACUGACACUAAGUGAUAAUGAAAUAUCACAGAUACCAUCAGAGAUAGGAAAUCUCAACCAAUUAGAAGAGCUAAAUGUAUCUAAAAAUGAAAUUAUUGAAAUACCGGAAUCAAUCAAAAACCUGAAAAAUUUACAAAUUGCUGAUUUUAGUUCAAAUCCGGUUCAAAUACUUCCGAUGGAAUUCAGCCAAUUACAUGCAUUAAAAUCAUUAGCAUUAAAUGAUAUUUCUUUACAACAGCUUCCCAAUAAUUUUGGCUCAUUGCAGAAUCUUGAAUCGCUAGAACUGCGUGAUAAUCUAAUUAAAAAACUUCCUCCGACAUUAUCUAUGUUGGUCAAUUUAGAACGAUUAGAUUUGGGUGCCAAUGAUUUCAGCGAGUUACCCGCAAUGAUUGGCCAAUUACCUAAUUUGCAGGAAUUGUGGCUAGAUCAAAAUGAACUUUCCACGUUGCCUAAAGAAAUUGGUCGGCUAAAAAAGCUUUCUUGUUUGGAUGUCAGUGACAACCGCCUGGAAUAUUUACCCGAAGAAAUUUCGGGUUGCGAAUCGCUCACAGAUUUGCAUCUAUCUCAGAAUCUUCUUGAAACUCUUCCUGAUGGCAUUGGGCAGCUAAGUAAAUUGACCAUAUUCAAAAUUGAUCAAAAUCGCCUCGAAUCAUUGAAUCCAACAAUCGGUGGUUGUUCUUGUUUGCAAGAGUUGAUUCUCACCGAAAAUAAACUGACAGAAUUGCCUCCAACAAUUGGAAAUUUGGUCAUGCUUACAAAUUUUAAUGUCGAUCGAAAUUUCCUCAGAGAAAUUCCACCACAAAUCGGCAAUUUAACCCGUCUUGGUGUUCUUUCGUUUCGAGAAAAUCAAAUAACAUUCAUUCCAGCAGAAAUCGGCCAACUUAAAGAACUUCGUGUUCUAGAUAUAUCUGGAAAUAAGAUUUCCUUUCUUCCUUAUUCAAUUACUGCAUUAAAUUUGAAAGCCCUUUGGUUAGCCGAAAAUCAAUCACAACCAUUGUUAAAAUUCCAGACGGAUUUUGAUGAGAAUACUGGACAAAAAAUUCUCACUUGUUUUCUAUUGCCACAACAAGAUUUUAAAACUGAUUUACAAUUCGAUGCAUUUGAAGAAAAUUCGCUUGAACGUGUUAAUUCAUUAAAUUGGGAUCAACCGCGACACUCUUCCGUUAAAUUUGAUGUUGAUCUAGAUGACGAAGAUGGUGAUGAUGAUAUCGAUGAUGAUAGUGACCCAUUGAUUUCUGGGUCUGGAACCGGUGCCGAACCAAAUUUUGUUCGUCACGAUACGCCACAUCCGCGUGAAUUGAAAGCUAGACAUUUGAAAUUAUUUGCUAAUCGUGACGAUAAUUUCCCGCAGCAAAAUCAGUCGAAUACUUCACACGUUGCUUGUGGUGAUCAGAAAGAAUCUAGCGUUGAUCAGAAUGACGAACAAGAAAUGCAACAUCGUUUAAAAAAUCAUUAUCAAGAUACGGAUAAUAGCUCACAAUCUUCUGUCAUAAUUAAAGAUGAUGAUACAAAUGCCGAUGAACCAAUCGAACCAAUGGAACAAAAACCUGUUCAGUCAGCUGCAACUGCAGCUGUUGUCGGUAGUGGUGGUUCUUAUUUCCAUAAUCGAGCUUUUCAAGAUUUCAUAAACGGCUCUGGUCUCGAUUCCACUGUAGGUGAUCAAACUAAAGAAUCCGUUGUCCACACCGAUUCAAAUCAUGCAAACCUUACGCAAAAAGUUAGUCGUCAUGUUGGUUUUGAAAAAGAUUCAAGCAUUUCAUCAAACACUCAAUCAUUAAACUUGAUCGAUUCUAAUCAAAAUCCUCCUGAAGAUCGACAAGAGGAAGAUGAGGAUGUCCCGGUAGAGAAGCUGAAUACAAGAUUACAUCGUCGAGAUACACCACAUCAUCUUAAAAACAAACGUGUCAAUACAAAUUCAACAAAAGAAGAAAAAGAAAAAAUUGUAAAUAUUUUAUCCAAAACGAAUGCGGAUAAACCUCAGCCGCCAAUACCAGUAAAACCUGCUCUCGAAAUUCAAAAUGGUCCAAUCGUGACCAAUGUGACCAAAGAACUUCGUUUAAAAUUGAAAAAACAUGGUCAAUCAAUGGGCUUGUCAAUUGCAGGUGGUCUCGGUUCCUCUCCAUAUAAAGGUGAUGAUGAAGGAAUUUUCGUAUCACGUGUCACUGAAAAUGGUCCUGCGGAAAUCGCUGGACUUAGAGUUGGUGACAAAAUUUUGGCAGUGAAUGAUUAUAAUUUUUCACGAAUCGACCAUCAUGAUGCUGUUCAGCAACUAAAAUCAGCUGGCGAAGAAUUUUGGUUAUUAGUCGAACGAGAAAUAGUUACCAAUCAUUCGACUUCUAUACCAACUACAGCAUCAUCAAUCGUAACAAAUAAAGUGCCUCCAGUUCCUCCCGUUCGAACAUCAGUCAUAUCAAAAAGUUCGAACAAUUCAAAUGAUAGUACACAUCAAUCUUCAGACGAGCCGCUUGAACCGCAGCAAUUGAAAUCGGUCCUACGACCGCCUAUUGGAGAUAAAAAAUCAUCAACAUCAUCUUCAGUUUCAACUUCACAACUUCCGUCCACGGCUGCUAAACCUGUUCCAUCAAAAUUGAAUUUGAAUCGACAUUCAUCUGGAGAUAUUGGCAAUACUGUUAAUCCAUUAAGUCAACAGCUAGGAAAAGAAAUCAUUUACACAACAUUAAUUCGUAGUGAGGGUGGUCUAGGUUUCAGUAUAACAUCUGGUAAACCAGGCAUCAAAGAUGAUGAUUCUAAUUUGCCAAACGAUGAUGGCGUCUACAUAUCUAGGAUAUUUGAAGGUGGUCCUGCCGAAUUGGAUGGCAAACUAAAAGUUGGCGACAAAAUUCUUUCCAUCAAUGGUAUUAGUUGUGAUGGUCUUGAUCAUGAUCAAGUGAUUGGUAUAAUCACUGGUCUUGAAAGAUUUGUUCGUUUGGUUGUCGAACGUGAAGGCGUGCCGGUUACGGAAAAAAAUCUUCCUUAUCAGCAAUAUUCUACAGGCCUGACGUAUUCAUCCAACUCGUACAUGGCCAAUAGACCGUCAUAUACUGGGUCUUAUCGACGACCAUUACUUGGCUCGGUAUCGAGCCUUUCACAUUCUAAUGCAUUAGAUAGUGGAUUAACUGGUUCAGCUGGUACUAUCUCCACUCCAUCAACACCAUCAUUUACUCAUGGAUCCAAGCCAUUGAGCUCUAUCUUUAAUGCUAAAUUACCUGGUCUUCGUUGCAAUACCGAUUCAAAUCCUUAUUCAUCAUCAUCAACUAAUCGAUCUAUUAAUAAUCGUUUUAAUAGUGCCUUGAACAAUCCAUCACUAGCAUCAACAGCUUUAAUAAAUCAUCCAUUGAAUAAAUCUUCAUGCCGAAGUUCUUCCGUUCCUCCGCCACAAAAUCGGCCCCUCACAUUAGCUCGAUCAUCCGUUCCAGAUGACAAUGAAUCAAAUUGUGCUGGUGGUACUUUGAUUGCAAAUAACAUAAAUAAUGGCAAAAUGACUACUGACACAACUUUAACAGAACAAUUUCCACCUGCACCAAAUGAUUUGGGAGUGUUUACUGAAGUAUUAACAAAAACUACCUAUACAGAGAAUACCGUUACACGAGUUACGAAUAAUUCUAAUAUGGCACUCCCAACGAUCGAAGAGACAAUUGUUAUCAGAAAAAAUGAUGGCGGAUUGGGGCUUAGUAUUAUCGGUGGCUCUGAUCAUUCCUGCCAUCCUUUUGGCAAUAAUGGCCGUGAACACGGAAUAUACGUUUCGAAAGUUGUUGCCGGAGGAGCAGCUUCACAAACAAAACUUCGUAUAGGAGAUCGCAUUCUUGAAGUGAAUGGUCUAGAUAUGACAAAUGCAACACAUACUGAAGCUGUUCAAGCAUUAACUUCUAGUGUCAGUUCAUCACCUAAUGAAGUGACAUUGAAAAUCCACCAUGAACCUUUACCACCAGGUUGGAAGGAAUUUAUUAUUCAUAAAUCGCCUAGCGAAAAAUUGGGUAUGAAAAUCAAAGGCGGUGCGAAUGGUCAGCCAGGAAAUCCUUUUGACCGAGAAGAUGAAGGAAUAUUUAUAUCACAGAUAAAUCCUGGUGGUGCAGCUGCACGGGAUGGACGUUUGAAACCUGGCAUGCGAAUCAUCGAAGUUAAUGAUGCUAGUUUAUUGGGUGUUUCUCACCAUCAAGCCGUUCAAGAAUUAAGAAAUCAAGGCCUUCGUAUUCGUGUUCUUGUCUGUGAUGGUUAUGAUCCACUUGUUCCUAUAGCAAAUAAUGAGAAUAAUGUUAAUAAUAAAAAUACUGAUAAUACUAUCAGUAAUUUGAUCGUAAAUAAUAAUAAUCAUCAUCAAUCACAAUUCAGGCCUGAAUCAUCAUCAUCAUCUAUGUCAAAUAAUAAUAUCUCUUCAUCCGAAAACACACCUGUUAUUUCUCCAAAACAGACCAAUUCGUUUGAUGAUCAAGAUUCGGUGUUUGCUAAUACGCCAACCAGUCCAUCGUUGUCGAACAAACAUCAAUCGACUUCAGAGCAGAAAAAAACGACAACAGUCAUAAUGAAAAAACACCAGACAAUGUCAUCGCCAUCAAUUGCCAGGUCACCCAUCAAUCCACCAACAGAAAAUCCAUUAUCAACAUCAGAAUCGUCACCAGCAUUAGAUCCGCUUUUGACAUCAAAAAUACCUGGAGCCAAGCCACCAGUUCCACCGAAAAAACCGGACUUAUUAUUGAAUGCUAUUAAUAGCAAUAAAACAACUAAUUUGACACCAAACACCAAAUUGGAGCAUCCCGAAUGGAUGUCAUUUAGUGAAAAGAAACGCCAUUUUGAACGCGCUACAAGUCCAAAUUCACAGCAAUCUGGCCAGCAUUCAUUGUCAACUUCACCUCCACAGCCUAAUCAUCAUCAACAACAAACCAAAGAAACGAUCACCAAGACAGAACGUUACACCGAUACACCUGAUGCUGAAAUAACGACCAAGGAAACAUUGCGCAAAGUCGAAACCUAUUCGCAAUCUCGAAAAGAAAUAUUUCUCUCUAAUGAAGAGCUUCAACAAAUCAAAGACAACGUACUUGAUUCAUCAAAGUAUUUGGCCAGUCAUGAUCAUGAUGAUGAUAAUGAUGAAAAUUUCGAUGAAUUUGAUAAUAAUAGUCCUUUUGAUGAGGAAAGAAAAGAAAUUUUCUGCAAAGAAACGACUACUGAAGAUGGCGUGACUAGUGAACAUCAACAAAAACGAGUGUUUCGAACAGCCAAAGCCGAAAAACGAUACAUUGAAAAAAUGUCAAACUUGGGUAUUGAUAUACAAUCGCAAGAAUAUGCUUGCCUUUCCCCUGGUCAACGCCGAGCAUUAGAAGCGGAAAAACGCCGUGAAUGGCGCCAAGCACGAUUACAAUCGUUGGAAGAGGAUGCUCGACGUACUUUGAUACAGUUUCAAAACAAUCAUCCAACUAAAGAGAAUAUUAUUGAACCAUGAAAUGACAUUCAAUCAACACGGGCAGCUUUUUCAUGUUAACCAGUCGAUAUCAUCGUGCUUGUUUUUAUUGUUGUUGUUGUUGCCAAAGACAGAAAAAUAUUUCAUCAUAUUGACAAAAAAAAAACAACAAUGGAUUAAUUAUCCAUUCUUAUUGCAUCAUUGGUUUUAUCACUUAUCUAUAUUGUGAAAUAUUUUAUCCACUUUUCCAUCUUACCUUAAUUUUGUUAUCGUAUUUUUUUUCCUUUUUUUUGGAUGAACAUUCUGUACAAAAAAACAACCAACAUUUUUUUUCUUUUUUGGCAUCUGAUCAUUGUCAUUAUAUUUUUAUCCCAUUAUACACCCAUUUCCUUAUUUUUCAUAUUGUUUUUUGUAUGUGCCGUUGCUUCCUGUUCAUUUUAGCCCCGGAAUUAUUUUUAAUCAUUAAUUUACCCCAGCCAACAAUCCGAGACUUAUCUUUUGGUAAUCAAACAU